AUGGAGCGCUACACGAAUGAACAACGCAUUCUCAUUGUGAAAUUGUUUUACCAAAAUGGUGAAAGUUUUGCGGCUACAGUUCGCAAAUUGCGAUCAAUUUGGGGUCACAAUAAUGCUCUAAAAGAGUCAACUGUAAAGAGAAUAAUGGAUAAAUUUGCCGAAACUGGAUCUGUUAGUGAUGUAAAGACAACAACGCGCCUUCAACCAGGUCGAUCGACCGAAAAUGUCGCAGCUGUACGUGAUGAUGUCGCUCAAACUCCAUCCACCUCAAUUCGUCACCGAGCUUAG